CAGCAACUUUUCCCUGUUCUCCCUCAACAAUGCGUCCCUUGAAAGUCUUCCAUUCUAGACAGCUCAACCAAUCAGAGAAAACAAAUCAGAUCUGGUGAACUGUCAUGGACUCCAAGUGGUUGGCGUACUUAGCAAAUUUGAUACAAAACACCAAUGGUUGAAAAGUGAACAUCUGACAAGUGGAUCAGGAUAAACAGGAUUCCCUUGAAGAUAUCAGAAAGGAGGGGCACAACUAAGGUUUGUAGGCUGACAUCUUCAACUGUAGUGUCAGUACAGCUCUAAGGCUACAUGGAUUUUUUUGCCACCUGAAAAGUCCCAAUCUUUCAGUAUUUAAAUGGAGAAGAGAGUGUCUCAGAAUCUAGAAGAAGAUCUUAGUCAGCUGUAUAACUCAGUUGAAAGCUGCAGUCUAACAGGCAAAGGAGUUUCGUUCACUGAAGGGGUUACCAGGCUGUAUAGCUGGCCUACCCCAAUAUCAGACAGUUUCUCCACUCCUAAGACCUACAUGCCAUAAAGUUCUAUCUAUAAAAAGCUACAUCAUGUAGACUCUUUAAGCUCCUAGCAUGGCAAAUGACAACCCAGAAGAGCUCCUGGCCACAGAAGCUCCCGAGACUGACCAACAUAUAUAUGACCCAGUGGCCUGCCCUGACAAAGUGGAGCAGAAUCAGCGACUGGCAGUUGAAGAGCUCAUCAACACAGAGAUUAGCUAUGUACAUAAUCUUCAACUGUGCAUUUCAGAUAUCUAUAAACACCUCCAAAAUAAGCAGCUGCCCGAACUCAACCUGGAAGAACUGUUCUCAAAUAUUGAUGAUGUUCUACAAGUUUCCAAACAUUUCCUACAAGGACUUGAAGCUACAGUGAACCAGGAACACGAUCAGCUUUUUCAUAUCAGCACCUUAUUCCAAGACUUCAAAGAAGAGAUGGAAAAUGUCUAUAAAGUGUAUUGUGCUAACUAUGAUCAAGCUUUACUACUGCUGGAGAUUUACAGGAAGAAUCCAAGAUUGCAAAAGGAGAUUGUAGAUACCCUUGUUUCCACAGUGCCUCACACUAGUGCUUCAGACCUGAGCUUUUUCCUGGUGAUGCCAGUUCAACGGAUCACAAAAUAUCCACUCCUGCUGCAGAAAAUAUUGGAAAACACUCCAGACAAUGAUGGUGCCUACAAAGCCCUUCAAGCUGCUGCUUCUGCUAUGUUAGAUGUCAGUGUCAAUAUCAACGAGUACAAAAGACAGAAGGAAGUAGCAAAUAAAUAUAACAAGCCUGGAUACCUGACUCUGCGGGACCGUCUGGCCCGCUUAAACCCACACUCCAUUGCCAAGAAGACCACACGACUGAGCCGCCUCUUCAUGCAUGAGGCUGGAAUUGUGUCUAAGACAGAGGACAAGGAGUUUGAUGAACUGGAAGAAAAAUUCCAGCAGUUGGCAACAGCUGUUACUGAUCUGAAGGAGAAUGUAGCAACAUUCCUGAGCAAUACAGAGGCAUUCCUCAGCUCUAAACCACAUGAAAAUCAACUGGAAAUAGGAGCAGAAACUACCCAGCUAUAUUGCCAAAUUGCAGGAAAACUCCACAGCGCUGUCUUUCUUGACCUUCGGAAGCGUAUGGAAGACCUUGUGUACCACCCACUGUGCAACUUGACAGAGGUCCUGAAGGGCCCUCAGAAGCUGAUCAAGAAGCGCUUGGACAAGUUGCUGGACUAUGAGGAGCUGGAGGAGAAGCAGAAUGAGACUGGCAAUGUGACGUACGAAGAGGAAGCUGCUAUGAAUACCUAUCUGGCCAUUAAUUCCUUGCUUGUAUCUGAGCUCCCUGUGCUCAAUAAUGUAGCCCUGCAGUGGCUGAGACAUAUUUUGGCUUCUUUUGUGGCCAUCCAGCGAGACCUGGCCAAGCAGGUUCUCCAGGAGACAGAAGGAGCCGUUGCCCAGUUGCCACACAGGCACCUUCCUGCAGCUGAUUAUUGGAAGAUGGUGAAAGAGACCUUAAGCCAAGCUGAAGGUCAGCUCAGCUCCCUCCGCAAAAAAAUUGAGACUGUCGAACCAAGUCCUGUUGUGCAGCCUCUUAAUGUUGCAGAAGAAAGGAAGGUCCUUUUGCUCAUGAACAAACAUGGCCCAGACAAACUAUACCAGAUAACAGCCAACACCAGCGGCAGCAAAGACAUGGACUUGACACUGCAGAGAGGACAGAUUGUGGCACUCUUACAUGACAAGGACACCAAGGGCAACCCUAAUCGAUGGUUGGUGGACACUGGAGGCCCACGAGGCUACGUCUCCCCUGGAAAGCUCCAACGGUAUCAUGUAGUUCCAAACCAAAAGCCUCGGUCAGAAGUGAGGACUGAAAGUGAUGGUGCCAAGAAGUUACAUCAUUCGUACAACGUACCCCCACUGAUGAAUCCACCAGUAAAUUUCAAUACCCCAGCUUUACAUGUAAUAGCUGCAUAUGCAUUUACAGCCCGGAACAGUCAUGAGGUCACUUUGCAGGCAGGCCAGCCAGUCAAUGUCCUGGAACCCCAUGACAAGAAGGGGAACAAAGAGUGGAGCUUGGUGGAGGUGAAUGGACAGAAGGGCUAUGUGCCUUCCAGCUUCUUGGUGGCAGUGCCUACUGCCCCAAACCCUGUGUGGCCCUUUCCAACUCAGCAGACAUAGCGUGCAGUAAGCCUAUUUUCCAGACAUCAGUUGCACUAUUCAUGUUCUUGCCCCUUCAAUUUCUCCUGUGUCAUGAAGUGAAGAAAGAAACUGUUGAUUGGCAUGAGUCUGUGCCAGUGAUGGGUUUCAGAGUGUAUAUUUCUUGGGAAAAAUAUGAAGGCACAUGUGUGUGGAACCACUCAUGGAGUGUGGUGGGUGUCUGAUUUUAAUUUUGUUUUUUCCUGACCUAGUGCCAAUGACAUGCUUCACCCCUAAGUUGUAAUUGGGAAAUGAUCUAAUAGAGGAAUAGACUUGAGAAUCUCUACAUCACUGGGUUUAUUUAAUUAAUGGAGAUUCAGAAGCCAAAGGUCCUUGUGAAAUGUCUCCAGUGAAGUAGAUGUGUAGCAGCUUGGUGUAUUCAUUCCAGAAGAAUCCCUCAUAUUGUCGGCUACUGACACAAAGAAAUCCAAAUCAUAGGCUAGUAAAAAGUCUGUUCUCUUUUCUUUCAGCUCCUUGAUAGCCAGAGAAAGCAGUUUUGUGUUAAGCCCUGAUGUUUGUGGUCCAUUUUCCAAGUUGCUAAAUUCAGCCAUCAUCUGCUCAUGAACCAGAUUUAAUAAGCUAGACAUAAAUGCUGCAUUCUUUGCUACCUCUAUUGAAGAUGUAUUUAAUAUGUAUCCAUGCUGUCAUAUACAAAGUGAACUGCCUGAAGCGUAAUUGAAAUAACAAAGCUGGGGAUGUUCCUGAUAGCUUUAUUUUUCAAUAGGUAGUUAGUUGCCUACCUCUGGAUGGGAAGGUGAGGCCACAAAGUAUUAUUGAGGUUGUGGAAGAAGUACUGAUGGAUGGUCCAUGCAACAUAUUGUAACAUGAAUAGAAACCUGUUGUGUGUUUUUAAUAUGCUUUCUUCAAGUAAAGAAAAAAAAUGGUAAAAAAGAGAUAAUAUGUGAGGUACUUCCCAAGAUCAAGGGAAAAUAUGGUAGUAUGGUUUAGGGUGCUGAAUUGCAACUUCAGCCAUGAAGGUUAUUAGUUAAUACUCUCUCAGCCCAGCCUAAUGUGCAGGGUAAUUGUGCGAAUAAAGAAGGGAAGUAUUAUGUGAGACAAAUGUGGUCAGAUCUGGAAGAGGAUGAGGGAGAAUUUUAGAAGGUUAAGCCAUGCACAGUUUUAAACAUGACUAUUAAAAGUGUGCAUCUCUGACUUCUUUUGCUGGUCUACAGAAAGCUGCCUCGACCUCAUAGGAGAAAAAUCAGCAUGUAAAAUGAAAUUGGGAAAAAUGAAUAAAAACACCUAAGAACAAAUACAGAAAAAACUUUGAUAAAAGUUCAAGGGACAGCAGUAGGAUCUAGACAUUGAGGUCUAGUACAAGUAUGGCAACAUCAGGCUCUUAGGUCAUCACACUAGCACAUCUCACCCACCCAGGCCUUCUUAAGCAAGUUAUUCCCUGGUGAUGCAGCAGCCUGUGGAAUUCUUGGUCUGAUGUUUGAAAAUUGCUCUACCCCCUGCUCCUGCUACUAGGAGGCUGCCUCAAUGGUGGAGUCUUUCCACUCUGGUGGCACCCAGUGGGGUUCUGGCCUUGGAGUAUUAGAAUGAAGGAAGCAGUAGCUUUGAGAUGACCAUGCUCCAUAUUUAUGUUUGAAAGUAGGCUGUUGCAUGUCUUCAUCCUUUCUGAUGACUCUGAAGCUAACCAACCUAUCAUGAAGUUUUAUAGGACUGAAAACAUCUCACUUGCACAAGAUCACUUGGAGUUUCCAUGGCCAAGUGAGGAAUCAAACCUUGGUAUCCGUAUUCAUAGUUCAGUGCUCAAAACACUACAUUGUACCACCAGUCAAAAUAAUAUGCUUAUUUUUUGCAUUCACACCCAGGUCCUCACAAUAAUCUCAGGAUAGUCAUAGCAUCCAGGUAUACCUCAGCUAACAAAGCAGAGGUAGAAAUAACAUGGAAAGGAUAAAGAUUCCUGUGCGGAAAAGGAGAUCAGUGCAACAUGUUUCAGCAAACAUUGAUUUCAAAACUAAGCAAUUUGCACAGUUAAAUGAAACAACCAGGUCUGUAGACGUGGAGAAAGAGAACAUUUCAAACCUUCAGCAGGCUCACACGGCAAUAGUCAGCAGGCUUACAUGGCUAUAGUAGAAUCAGCUACAGUAGAAUCCCAUCCUUUCGUAGCUCAAGCAUUGUUGCUUGCACUGGUAACUGCAGACACUGCUGCAACCUAACACCAACAGCCUGUAUUUCUCCAGUCUUCCUUCGCCCUCCUCCCAGUUCUAAUGCCACUAAAAAAAGAUACAAGGAAGAAAAUGGAGGCUAGGGGAGUAUUUGUCAGAGUCUUUGUUAACUGAAUAGAAAAUUGGUGGCUCCAUUGAGCUUGAAAGAUCAAGACUGUGCAAAACAUGUAGCUGUAUUAGUGCUCCUCUAUGUGUCUGUCAAUAGAGCUAUAUUGUUUAAAAAUUUAGCAGCAGCUCUUCAGGUGUAGCUCUUGAAAAAUGCAUGGAUUAGCUCUUUGAUAUGUGGUGUUUUAUGCAACCAGAGGCCAAAAGAACUGGAUAACAUUAUGUUGUAACUGACCCUUAAGAGAAAAGCAUUCUAUCUCCUUAUCUCGUUACACAGAAAGCUUGCCUCUCUGCUUUGAGAAAGAUUGGUAAGAUGAGGGGACAAGAGCAGAUUUUUGUUCUUGUUUUGUUUUUAAAGUUAUGAUUAUAUUGCAAUUUCUUCUUUGUGCUGGUGUGAAGCUUGGAGGUAAUAAGAUCCUCAAAAUGUGUUCAACAAUUCUGAAGUCAUCAGCCUGGGCAAUCUUGAUUGUGUGAAUUGAAUCUGAAAUGCUUGACCCUCCCCUGUUUUCCCAAGAAAGGGUAUUUCCAACAUGCCACAGCAUGUAGAUGCUGAUGCGCCUAUGAAAUUGUGGCCUUGGUUUGCUACUAGGAACCAAGGAACAGCUAACUAGACUUCUUGCAAUGCCUGUGCUUACAUCUAACAGGGUGAUUCCCUCUUCUGUUUCAGGCUCAGUUAUUUUUAUUUAUAAAUGUUGUUUUGCAAUGUAUUAGUAUUUGUGAGAAAUAAACAGUAUUGAUCCUCUA